AGUGAGUCGAUAGUGCGCAGGCGCCGAGCACGCGACACGUGUCAAGAUGUCUCGAGCAGCGUCGUUUGCUGAACGAUGGGCACGCAACAACUUGACAAGAAAGGCCACUGAAGAGGAGCUGACAGUGCUUAGUCUAUUCUUCUCCACCUGCAAUGGCGAUGAGAUGGCAGCUGCUAGACGAGCAAGACGGUACUACAAAGCGAGAGGGCCAGGGGGCUUGACUGAAUUGUGGCACGGUGGACACCCUGACGACGAAGACAUUUUGGCGAGCUGUCAAGACACGUAUAUCGUGCCUCUUGAGACCCGAAGUGUUGGUGGUAGACGCCUCACUCUGAUUCAACUGCCAGCCUCCCCUGGAGCGGAUACACAUGACUGUGGAAAUUGUGUGCUGUCAGCCAAGGCUUUGCUCAGAAGAUGGCUGAUGAUACUAGACGUAAGGUUGCGUGAGGACCCGACACCUGGAGAAGAAAUGGUCUUCAUAGACGUUGCUAACUUACAACUUUCACAUGUGAAAGACCAUUUCAUUGGAUCUUAUUGGAAAGAUUUUGUUCAGUGCAUUAAGUCUGCACACCCAUUUAAAUUCUCCGAGGUUCACAUGAUAAAUACAAAGCGGAUGAGUACAUUAAUGUCAUUUCUGAUGCUUCACAUUGGACUGUACUCUUGGGGACGCAAAAAGAUCACCCUACACCCCAUAGCUAAAGAUAUUAAUAAAACCAUGGACAUAGAUUACUACCCAGUGGAAGCACUGCCCAACGAAUAUGGAGGGAAGGCUGGAGCCAUGAAGUAUCUCAAUGACGAAUGGACAAAGAAGAUUCUCUCUAACUCCAAGUGGCUCGAAGCAGAAAAAACGAGGUUUUACAACACUGAACUCAAACUAGAACAGAACGCGCAGUCUCGGCACAGAAGUGUAGUGCGUCUGCACGGAACAAAUAAGGAAUCAUAUGACAUGAUCACACGCACUCACUCGUGUAGAUCUUUAAAUCGGCAAGAGGAUUUAGACGAAGGCACUUAUGGCGCUUACAGGACAUUGAAAGUGCAAGCUAAUUGUGAUUUUAUUGUGUGAUGCCAUGGCGGUAGCAAUUAUAUUAAGAUUAAUUGGAUAGAUGGAAGACUUCUAUGUGUUAUUAGAAACAAGCUGUGUGGUUUUGAAAAAUUGCUCACUGAGGUUCUGCUAAUUACACAAGUAUUAUAUAUAUAAUUGGUUCGAACAUCAAAUUUAAAAUUAUUAAAUAUAGAAUAUAAAAACAAUUAGGAUUAAAACAUUAAAUCAUAAAGUAACAUUAUCACUGACGUUAUGUGAAGCACAAUGUCAAUGACUUAGCGUCAAAUAACUGCAGUAAAAAGGGUGACUAGUUCAGAAUCUGUCAGUUGGUCCGGUCGAUGCAACGCCACACAACGUGAUGGUAGUUAUUGACAAACUAAUAUUUGUUUAAACAAAUGCGGAGUUCAAUGGCGCAUUAGCGAUUAGUGAUGUGGAAGUUCAGUAUUUUUUUCCAAGGAUAGUCACGGUUCCUUUACAAAAAUUUACUAUCUCGGGCUCCUCUGUUAUUCGGAUGGCACGUUAAGUCAUUGGUCCAGGCUGCAUCUGCAGUCACUAACACCCAAAAAUUUAUACUAAUUUAAAAACUUAUUCAUUUUCAUUUAUAGGGAAAACCUAUGUCGUAGCAGUGGGAACAUACGCAUAUUGUUUGUUUUGGUUUAAGAACUUGUAUUUGUUCUUUAAUUACGGCAAAACAAAACUAUAUCUAUCUAUUCCGUUAUUCAUAGAAGUAUUCGUUUGAAUUGUAAUAAAAGUAAUACUUGUAAACUUUAUAAAUAUAGCAUAGUGAUCUGUGAUUUUUUUAGCUAAGUUACUUCCGAAAAUAUUAUAAGUGAUUAAAAAAUAUAGUUCUUCCAUUUUUUAGAUGGCUGUUGAUCCAACUGUGUUGUUAUGUUAAAAGUCACCGACGAACUUGAUGGUGUUACAGUAUAGAUAUUCAUUCAAAUUUAUCUCAUUUAACCUCUAUGCUGUCAGACAGUGCUUUGCUCAACGUCGAGUUCGAGGUAAUUAUUGUAUUACAGAAUAGCAAAACUGAUUGUAUAUGUAAGUAAGGAAUGCUAUCUGAUUUUGACAGACCUGUCUCUCUCUACAGGCUGUUUUCCUCCGGAAAUUGACUUCCUUUAAUCUACACCUAUCGUAAAAUCUUUCAAAGCUUUAGAGAUUGCGAAAGUGAUUUUUGAAAUUAUGUAGUAAAUAAAAUUGAAAUCGCUCUGGGAACAAGCUUAAUAAUUUAUACAACUUAAUAAUAAGGCCUCUGGACUAACAGUGUUUUACACAAAAUAUUUUUUAAAUAAGAAACCGCUUCUAAGACUUUCGUGGACAACGAUUAUAAACAAGUCACACUUUUAGAAUUAUUGAGAUCAUACAAAAUUGUAAAAUUUAUUUUUGUAUUAUAAAUCGACGUUUUAUUUGUGUUUUCGUCGAGAUGUUGAAACAGAGAUUUGAAAAUCGUAGAAAUGGAGAACAUAUUAUCACUGUUUUGAUGGCAAUUCAUGGAGAUUCUUAUGGAUAUUAAGUUUGUAUCAUCGUGUCGAAUUUUUGAAGUUUUGUAUUAGCUCCAUAAAACCCUAAAGUUCCAAUCAAUAUUCAGAAUCAAGAUAUUAAAAAUGACACCCUUAAAUUCCUUGCCUUAAUUUUUUAUAUUUCUUAAUCAGGAAUGAAUUUGAUUGCUACGGAUUGCUUAGUAAGUUUAGGCUCAGGAUACUGAGGUAUCCUCGCUCGUCUGUCAAGUUUCUCUCUCUCCAAGGCGUAGGAAUGACUUGGGAUUUAACUCACCCGUUUUACGUUUGAGUCAAUUAUACGAUAGUAUAAGUAAUAUAAUUGACAUAAAUUGGUUGUC